AUGGCAUAUCUGUGGAAUGAGAUGCUAGUUACUGGUGCAAACCGUGGAAUUGGCUAUGGUUUGGUCAAGCAAUUGCUCAAAGACAAGAACAUUCAGCAUGUGAUUGCCACAGCUCGUGAACCAAGCAAUGCUAAAGACCUGAACGAGAUCUCCGACAAGAGGCUUUCAGUCCUUAAGUUGGAUGUGACGUCUGAUGAAUCAAUCAACAAUCUCUACCCCCAGGUCGAGAAAAUAGUGGGAGAUCGCGGACUUACAGUUCUGAUCAAUAACGCUGGAAUAUUUGUGAAAUACUUCACAAACCAAGAACCAAAUCGUGCCGAUCUCAUCAAAAACUUUGACACCAACACUGCUGGUGUAGCCGUCCUUACACAGAAAUUCCUCCCACUAAUACGAAAAGCGGCCAGCCAAAUAUCUACGGACGAGUUUUCCGUUGAUCGUGCCGCUAUUCUUAACAUAUCUUCCGGUGUUGCCUCAAUUGCCGAUAACACAUCAGGUUCAGGUCAAAGCGGCAUGCUGGCUUAUAGGAUCAGCAAGUCAGCUUUGAACUCUCUAAUGAAAACCAUGGCUAUUGAUCUGGAGAAAGAACAUAUUCUUGUCGCGAUGUUUUGCCCAGGAUGGGUGCAGACCGACAUGGGCGGAGCUGGUGCCACUAUUUCGAUCGAUGAGUCCACGGGAGCUUUGAUUCCAUCGUUUUACAAAUUGACAAAAGAGCAUCAUGGCGGUUACUUCAGACGAGAUCUUACUCCCAUGCCAUUCUGAAAUUUUUGUCGUUGAUUUUCUAAUUCAAUAAAUAUUGCAUGUA